UUAUUACUAAAAAAAAGACUAGAAAUCCACUAUUGUUAUGUAGACAAAAUCAUAAUGUUCGCCCUUUGUCUUUUUGAAUAUUCCAAAGUUCCAAAAUUAAUGUAGCUCUACAAAAUAUAAAUUAGUAAUGUCUAAACAAAAUUAAUCUUAUACUAGUAUAAUUUACAAUUUCAUGGACAAAAUUAGAAAUUCACUCACACCAAAAAACAAGAAUAUAACACUCAAAGUUUCAAUCUUUCAAACCUUUGUCUUCUCCCCAAAAAUAGCAAAAACUUCAGAACAAUUCAUCUUCCAAAAUUAAAAUGGAACCACCACUAACCUCCCUCUGCCACGUGGUAGCCAUGCCUUACCCUGCAAGAGGCCAUAUCAACCCCAUGAUGAACCUAUGCAAGCUCCUUGUUUCCAAAAACAACAACAUCAUAGUAACCUUUGUUGUCACUGAAGAAUGGUUAAGCUUCAUCUCCCCCGACCCUAAACCCGACAACAUUUGCUUCCGUUCGAUCUCCAACGUUGUUCCCUCGGAACUCACUCGCGGUCGGGACCACCCUGCUUUCGUGGACGAUGUCAUGACAAAGAUGGAAGAACACUUUGAGAAGCUACUUGACCUCAUUGAACAGCCUCCUUCAAUUAUUGUAUAUGAUACUAUGUUGUAUUGGGUCGUUGUCGUUGGAAACCGGAGGAAUAUUCCGGUCGCAUCCCUUUGGACAACGUCAGCUUUAAUUUUCUCUGUUUUCCUACACCAUCAUCUUUUGGAACAAAAUGGUCACUACCCCGUGAAAUUUUCAGAAAAUGGAGACAAACGUGUGGAUUAUAUUCCUGGAAUUUCCUCAACGCGCCUAGCUGAUUUCCCUCUAAAUGAUGAUAGUAGCAAAAGCAAGAGAAUGAUGCAAAUGUCUUUGAAAGGUUUCAAAUGGAUUCACAAAGCACAAUAUCUUCUAUUCACUUCAAUAUAUGAGCUUGAACCUCAAGCUAUUGAUAUCAUAAAAUCAAAAUUGUCUUUACCAAUUUACACUAUUGGCCCUACCAUACCUUACUUUAGCCUUAACAAAAAAAACAACCUUAAAACAAAUGCUUAUCACAGCUACAUUGAGUGGCUAGAUUCACAACCCAAUGGUUCUGUUCUUUACAUAGCACAAGGGAGUUUUUCCUCUGCCUCAAGUGCACAAAUUGAUGAAAUUGCUAUUGCUUUGUGUGAAAGCAAUGUUAGAUUUUUAUGGGUAGCACGUAAUGAAACUUCAAGGUUAAAAAAAAUUUGUGGGCACAUGGGCUUGGUUUUGGAAUGGUGUGACCAAUUGAGAGUGUUGUCACAUUCUUCUAUUGGUGGAUUUUGGUCUCAUUGUGGUUGGAAUUCCAUAAAGGAAAGUGUUCUAGCUGGGGUCCCUUUUUUGACUUUUCCAAUUAAUUUGGACCAGCCAUUUAAUAGUAAGAUGAUUGUAGAGGAUUGGAAAGUUGGGUUGAGAGUGAAGGAAGAUUUUAAGGGAGAUAUUUUGGUAAAGAAAUGUGAAAUUGUUAGGAUGGUGUGUAAAUUUAUGGAUUUGGAUAGUGACUUUACAAGGGAUAUUAGGGAAACAAGUAGAAAGGUUAAAAAUAUAUGUCUUGAUGCAAUUGGAAAUGGUGGGUCAGCUGAUACUGAUUUGAAUGCUUUCAUUGCUGAUAUAGUGCAUUUCACAAAUGCUUAGAGGUCCACUUUCAGCACUGUAGUCAUUUUGAUUUCCACUUGUAUGUUUGAAUUUACACUGAGAAUGAUAAAAUAACACUGAAUUACCAUAUCUGAUAUCUUAAAAUUUUAAUAAAAUUAUGAUGUCACUAUCAUUUUGUCAAACUCACUGCUCAUUUAAAUAUACAAUUGUGCGGUUAAAUUUCAAAAUUAAAUUUCAGUUACCAACGUGGUGCUGAGUAUAGAGGAUUCAACUAGAGUUGGCUGCUAAUUUUCUUUUUAGGUCAUUUGAUUGAGAUACUCAUGUUAUAUUUGGACUAUGUAAGGCAUUCAUUCAUAUUCUUGUUUGGUUAUUUAUUGAAAUUAAAUAAAUUAUUCAA